UGUUAUUCGAUAUUUUGCUUGACUCUUGUUGAACAAAUUUGAUCGUAAAUAUGCCAGAGCCGAAAACAGCUCCAGCGCCUAAGAAGGGAUCGAAGAAAGCUGUUGCAAAAACUCAGCCGAAGGGAGGAAAGAAGCGUAGAAAGACCAGGAAGGAGAGCUAUGCUAUCUACGUGUACAAAGUGCUGAAGCAGGUUCACCCUGAUACCGGGAUCUCUUCUAAGGCGAUGGGAAUCAUGAACUCGUUUGUCAACGAUAUUUUUGAACGCAUCGCCGGAGAGUCUUCUCGUCUGGCUCACUACAACAAGCGCUCCACCAUCACUUCCAGGGAGAUCCAGACAGCCGUGCGUCUUCUGCUCCCGGGAGAGCUGGCCAAGCACGCCGUGUCUGAGGGCACCAAGGCCGUCACCAAGUACACCAGCUCCAAGUAGACCGACCUCUGAUCUGUUCACCUAUUUAAAACCCAAAGGCUCUUAUAAGAGCCACCCA